GCGAAGUCCUGCGACCUUCGUUCCUCAAGGUAAACAGGGGAGGAAAAAUGGCGAAGAAGAAAGAGAAGAAGGUUAAUGUAUCUGGGAAGCCAAAACAUUCCCUGGAUGUCAACCGAAGUGAUGGACAUAAAGAAUUCCGGAGCGCUGCAACGGUGCGGCGUCUUAAGAUGUACAAUACCAGGCCAAAGCGUGAUCGGAAAGGAAAAAUUUUGAAGCAUGAGUUGCAGUCGAAGGAGUUGCCUUCCACCCGGAUUCAACCUGACCGCCGUUGGUUUGGAAAUACCAGAGUGGUAGGACAGAAAGAGCUUGAGUUUUUCCGUGAUGAGCUCCAGAAUCGAAUGUCAAGUAACUACAAUGUCAUUUUGAAGGAGAGGAAACUACCCCUGUCCCUGCUAAAUGACCACCAGAAGCAAUCUAGGGCUCAUCUUCUGGAUAAUGAACCUUUUGCGGAUGCUUUUGGACCUAAGAAGAAGAGGAAGCGCCCAAGGCUAUUGGUUCCUGAUUAUGAGUCUUUGCUUAAGAAAGCAGAUGGAUCUCAGGAUGCUUUUGAGCAAAAGUCUGCAGCUAAUCCUUCUGCAGAAGGAUGUGAGGGGGAUGGAUUCAGGGACCUGGUUAGGCAUACAAUGUUUGAGAAGGGGCAAAGCAAACGCAUAUGGGGAGAGCUCUACAAAGUCAUAGACUCCUCAGAUGUUGUCAUCCAGGUGCUGGAUGCAAGGGAUCCACAAGGUACAAGAUGCUAUCAUCUAGAGAAGCAUUUAAAAGAGCAUUGCAAGCAUAAGCAUAUGGUUCUUUUGCUAAACAAGUGUGAUUUGGUUCCGGCAUGGGCUACAAAAGGAUGGCUAAGGGUUUUAUCCAGGGAAUAUCCUACUUUAGCCUUCCAUGCAAGCAUCAAUAAAUCUUUUGGCAAGGGCUCUCUUCUAUCUGUACUGAGGCAAUUUGCCCGUUUAAAAAGUGACAAGCAGGCAAUAUCUGUGGGGUUUGUGGGCUAUCCAAAUGUUGGGAAAUCAUCAGUCAUCAAUACUCUACGUACAAAGAAUGUCUGCAAGGUUGCUCCUAUUCCAGGGGAGACCAAAGUUUGGCAAUACAUAACACUGACUAAGCGGAUCUUCUUGAUUGAUUGCCCUGGAGUUGUCUACCAUAACAGCGAUUCUGAAACUGAUAUUGUACUUAAGGGUGUGGUACGUGUAGCAAACUUGCAAGAUGCUGCUGAACACAUAGGGGAAGUCUUGAAACGUGUGAAGAAAGAGCAUCUAGAAAGAGCUUAUAAAAUAAAAGACUGGGUUGAUGAGAAUGACUUUCUAGUUCAGCUAUGCAAAUUGUCAGGCAAGCUAUUGAAGGGUGGUGAGCCUGACUUGAUGACUGCAGCAAAGAUGGUUCUCCAUGACUGGCAGAGAGGCCGGAUACCUUUCUUUGUUCGCCCACCGCAGCAGGAAGAUGGCCCAUCAGAACCACUCACUGUUUCUGGAGUAGACGAAGAUGCAGCAGUCCAUGGUGACCGUGCAUCGGCAGCUUUGAAAGCCAUUGCAAAUGUUAUUUCAUCCCAGCACCUAAAAAAUGUCCCUGUUCAAAGAGAUCUCUAUAGUGAGGAUGAGUUGGCAGGUGUCGAGUCUGAGGGUGAACAAACUGAACAGCUUCUAGCCACCGAAUCAUGAAGUACUUGUGGAUGAUCUAGAGAUUCCGAGCGGAAAAAGUCCGAGAAAAGAGGAGAGAAAUAGGUUAAAGUUGUAUUCUCCUCCCCCCCCUUUGUAGGGUUCCAUCAUUUUGUGUUUUUAUUUUUUAUUUUAGUUUUCCUCUAAACCAUAAAGAUGUUACCCCCGAUAGAAUGCAAGGCAGAGUAGCAGUAUGUAUCCCAUUAAGGCUAAGGCUUUGUAUUGUUGAGUUAGAGUUUUCUCUGUACUGUAAUAACCUUGUUUUUUACGAGGUACGUCAAAGGGAAGUUGGUUCUGGAUCUCUAAAA